CCAGACUCAGUAGAGGAAGCUGAGACUGAGCAGCCACGGGAACAAGAAAUACCGCCACCUUGCCUGGGCCUGGAGCCACCGGAGACCCUUCCGAAGGUGAGGAAUGUUCUGGAACAAUGCAAGGCCUGCCCAGGCUGCCCCCAGGAGCCAGCGUCCUGGGGUCUCUGUGCGGCAUCCAGCAACGUGAGCUUGCAGGACCCUGAGGAGCCCUCCUUCUGCUUGGAAGCUGAAGACGACUGGGAGGGUCCAGAGGCCCUGAGCUUACGGCUGCUGUUCCUGAACACCUCCGGAUACAAGGCCAGUUUCCGUGGCCUGUACAACGUGGCGCUGCCAUGGCUGAGCGGCAUGUUUUGCAGCUUUAGCGACGAGGAGGAGCUGACUGGGCACCUGGCACAGGCCCGAGGGGCGGCCAAGAAAGCUGGCCUCCCCAUGGCCCUGGCCACGCUCUGCUUCCUCCUGGGGCGGCUGUGCUGCAGGAGGCUCGAGCUGUCCCAGGCCCGGGUGUACUUUGAGGAAACACUGGGGACCCUGGAGGGCAGCUUCGGGGACCUGUUCCAGGUGGCGGCUGUGUACGCCAACCUGACCAGCAUUUACCGGAAGCAGAACCGGGAGAACUGUACACAGGUGGUUCCCAAAGCCAUGGCCCUGCUCCUGGGAAUGCCCGGCCACAUCUGCAGCACCGAGGCAGACGGGGAGCUCCUGCAGUGGGCGGUGGGUGGUCAGAGCCUGCAGGUCGAGGCCCAGGCCUGCUUCCUGCUGGCCAGGCACCACGUGCACCUCAAGCAGCCCGAGGAGGCCCUGUCCUUCCUAGAGCAGCUGUUGCUUUUUGCACAGUCUGGGGAUUUUCAUUGACCUCCAGAAGAAAGAGGAGGCGCAUGCCUGGCUGCAAGCAGGGAAGAUCUACUACAUCCUGCGGCAGAGCGAGCUGGUGGACCUGUCCAUCCAGGUGGCACAGAAUGUGGUCCUGUACACAGGCGACUUCAACCUGGGGCUGGAGCCGUUUGAGGCAGCUGGAGACAUCUUCAACGAGGCCUGGGAGCGGGAGAAAGCCAUGUCCUUCUACCGGG